GCAUAGAAAGAAAAGAUGGAAGAAGAUAUGGAAGAAGAUGCGAAAGAAAGGACAUGAUGCUACGGAAAGCAAUCAUAAUCUAUCUGCUGUACUGAGUAAUGAUAAUUUUUCUGCUAUACCAAAAGAGAAGAAUGUGCUUGAAAAUUCCUUGGAGAAAUCUAAGAUUAUGACAAGUGCAGAAGUAAGAGUUGGAAAGAAAAGAAGUAAGAAGAGGAGAAAAAAAGCACGCGAUGCUACUAAAAGAAAUGAUAAUCUCUCUGCUGUUCAAAAAGAUGCCUUCUCAACUGAAACAUCUACAAGUGCUUUGGCUCUGCCGCCAACUCAUCUUGAUAAACACUCUCUGAAUUCUGUAAUGAGGCAAGCUCUAGUUGAAAAUGCAUCAAAAAAGAAGAAAGUGAAGAAUAGAGGUAAGAGGAGGCGGAAGAAACGACAUGAUGCUAGCGAAAACAACAAUCUUUCUGCUAUUCCAAAAGGCACAUUGUCAGUUGAAACUUCUACAGUUGCUAUGGUUAUGCCUCCAUCACAUCCAUUUCAACACCCUGUGGAUCCAAUAAUUGGGCAAUUUCUGGGUGAAAAUGAAAGAAAGGAGUUUCCUGAUUCCAACUAUCAAAGUGACUCUCUACCAAACCUCACUAGUGUGUUACCGAGCCACUAUGUCUCUCUUGAGCAAACCCCAGUCAAUGCCAUUAAUUACAUUUUUGAAGAACCCCAAGUGAAGGCAGUUGAUACUGAGGCUCAGCAAAUUGAGACAGUGUCUAGUCCGGUUGAUGCUUUACUAGCUAGCCAAUUUAAUCAUGACCCAGUCAAGGAGCCUCUAUAACAACUA